CUUUGUUCCUCGCUCUCUAAGGCACCGUCCCUCUCUGGACCUCACCUCACUUCACCUCAUCUCACGUCUUUCCCUUCUCUUUCUGUCGGCGCUCAUCGCUCACGCUCACCGCAAUGGCGUCGUUCGCCACCAUGGCUUCGGGCUCGGGCUCCUCGAACAGCACCAACAUGAAGGGCCUUGUCUCGUACAUUGCUGCGCUGCGUCAGGCCAGGCAUCGUGAGGCAGAGGAGAAGGUCGUCAGGCAGGAGAUGGCACAUAUUCGACAGCAGUUUAGGCAGCAACUGAAUGGAUAUCAGAAGAAGAAGUACUUGAGCAAGGUCUGCUUCACCUACAUUCUCGGCUACGAAGUCGACGUGGGUCACAUGGAAGCGGUCAACCUCAUCGCCUCGUCAAAGUACUCGGAGAAACAGAUUGGCUACCUGGCCCUCACUCUCCUCAUGCACGAGAACUCGGACCUCAUCCGCCUCGUAGUCAACUCGAUACGUAAAGACCUCGAUGACUUGAACGAGGUGCACAAUUGUCUCGCCCUCCACGCAAUCGCCAACAUUGGCGGAUCAGAAAUGGCAGAGACGCUUGCCCCUGACGUUCAUCGCUUGCUCAUCUCGCCCACAUCGAGGUCCUUUGUCAAGAAGAAAGCGGCACUGACCCUGCUGCGACUCUAUCGCAAGAGCCCUGAGGCCCUUUCAGAUGUGCCAGACUGGGCUGCGCGCAUCGUAGCCAUUAUGGACGACGACGACUUGGGCGUGGCGACGGCUGUUGCCAGCCUGGUCAUGACAAUGGCUCAGGACCACCCCGACGCAUUCGCCAACGCCUACCCAAAGGCAGUGGACCGCCUCGCAAAAAUCAUCGUAGAGGAGGACUACUCGGAGGACUACCUCUACUACAAGGUCCCCGCCCCCUGGCUCCAAGUCAAGCUCUUGCGCCUCCUCCAGUACUGGCCCGCCUCCGAUGACGAAACAAUCAAGGCUACGAUCCACAAUGUCCUCGAUCACAUUGUUCAGAACUCGCAAAACACGCCAAAGAAUGUGCAGCGCAACAAUGCCCAGAAUGCCAUCCUUUUCGAAGCCAUCAACCUCGCCAUCCACCUCGACACCGAGUCCGCCGUAGUAGCCAAGGCCUCGGUCCUGCUGGGCAAAUUCAUCCUCUCCCGCGAGACCAAUGUACGCUAUCUCGGCCUAGACACCAUGGCCCACCUGGCAGCGUGCGUUGAGUCCCUCGAGCCCAUCAAGAUGCACCAAAAGACGAUCAUGCAUUCCCUCCGCGACCGCGACAUCUCUGUCCGUCGCCGCGGAUUGGACCUCCUUUACUCGAUGUGCGACGUCGACAACGCACGCAGCAUCGUCGGCGAAAUGCUGCGCUACCUCCAGGUGGCGGACUAUGCGCUUCGCGAGGAGCUAGUACUCAAGAUUGCAAUCCUGACGGAAAAGUUCGCCACCGAGUACGCGUGGUACGUGGAUACCAUCCUGCAGCUGAUCAGCAGCGCGGGCGAUCAUGUAGGCGAGGAGGUAUGGUUUCGCGUCGUCCAGAUCGUGACGAACAACGAAGACGUGCAGGAAUAUGCGGCCACCAAGGCUUAUGAGCACUUACAGUCCAGCUCAUGCCACGAGAACCUCAUCAAGGUAGGAGGGUACGUCCUGGGCGAGUAUGGCCAUCUGAUUGCCAACAAUCCAGGCGCGUCGCCUAUCGAGCAGUUCCAUGCGCUCCACUCGCGCUCCCACCUCUGCUCUCAACCGACUCGAGCCCUUCUGCUGUCCACCUACGUGAAAUGGCUCAACCUCUUCCCAGAGAUACGCGAACAACUCCUCUACGUCCUCAAGCGCUACACGCACGUACUCGACUCGGAACUACAGCAACGCGCGUGCGAGUACGUGGCCUUAGCUGAACGUCCCGACGGGUCGGACGAGCUCCUCCAGGCCGUGUGCGAUGAGAUGCCCCCUUUCCCAGAGAAGAGCUCUCUACUGCUGGGCAGGCUUCAGAAGAAGCAUGGGGACACGAACGAUAAGCGCACGUGGAUCAUUGGGGGUAAGGAGGUGAAUCGCAAUAGGGAUGAGGCGAGGCUGGAGUCGUUGAGGAGGGGACCGGCCAAUGGGGGUGCGAUGCCCACCACAAAGGCCGCGGGGGCUGCUGCGCCACCCUCUGUGAUCCCCGCUGGGGGCCAGCAGAGCAAUGGAGCUGGAAUUGACGACAUCAUGGCUGGGCUGGAGGGGCUGGACAUGAGCGUUCAGCCUGGUGGGGUGGGCGUCACCAAUGGGAUGGGAGAGAACGGUGGCGAGGCGGGAGAGUCGAGCUAUACGGCUCGGGCACCGCUCAUCGACCAUGGCGGUGACGGCGAAGAAAGCGCAGAUCGAACCGCCAGCAGCAUCAAGCCCACCACAACCGGCGUCGGCGUAGCUGCUCCCAGCUCCUCAUCCGCCGCGCCACCCCUCGUCUUCCCCCCAUCCAUCACCAAGUCCUAUCUCAAGACCGCCUUCAGCAACGAAGGUGUCCUCUACGAGGACGGCUCACUCCAAAUUGGCCUCAAGACCGAAUUCCACGGCUCACGGGGCCGCCUUGCCCUCUAUUUGGGCAACAAGAUCAGCGUGGGCUUCACCUCCCUCUCCCUUCGUGUGCGCCCGCACCCUGAAGAGCCGGACGUGGCCAAUCCGGCCAUCAAGGCCAGCAUGUCCAAGCUUCCCCCCUCGAGCCUGGGCGCAAUGACCCAAAUCCAGCAAGUGGUCGACGUGAGCUGUCGCGGCGUAGCAACGUAUCCUCCCUUGCUCCAUGUAGAGUACCUGGCCGGAUCACUCCAGUCCUUGGUCCUGCCCCUGCCCGUGCCCAUGAGCAAGUUCAUCUCCCCCGUCCCUCCUGGCUCCCUCGGUGGGCCUGCACAGUUCUUUGAGCGCUGGAAGGCCCUAGAGGGGGAGGGUAGACAGGCUCAACGCGUCUUUGGUGGAUUUAAGCUCAGUAGGGAGACGAAGAGUGGUGUGGAUGAAGGUAGGAUGCGAAGAGUUGUUGAGAAGGGGUUGAGGUUGGGUUUACUAGAGGGGAUUGACCCCAAGAGCGAGAAUGUCGUGGCUGCAGGGCUUUGGUAUUGUGAUGAAGCGACGACCGAGGUGGGAGGGGGUACGACGACGAGCACUGCUAGUAAAGUGGGAAUCUUGCUCCGACUGGAGCCCAACGCUGCUGCGCGACAGUGUAGAUGUACGGUAAGGAGUACGAGGGGGGAUGUGAGCGCCGAAGUUGCCAGGCUGGUCGUGUGUGCGCUUGGUGGAGAUGCGGGGUUGUUGUUGGAUCUCAAGGGGGCGAGAGCGGGGGUAGAGGGGGCGCAGCCUGCUGCGUGAGGGUAAGGAGGGACACCACGGAGGGACGAUGCUACUGCUGCUGCUGCUGCUUCUUUUCUCUUGUCGAUACGUAGGCGAGGAUGGGCUAGA